UUUAUUUCGGAAAAUUAGACUUCGUUCGAUUAAUUUUCCGACGUCUCCGCGACGGCGUUAUUCAUCUUCGAGCUCGCAAAGAUUCACAGACCCAUUUCCAUGGCGGUCGUCUCUUCUCUCUAUCUUCUCUUCCUACUUCUUCUCAUACCACUGUUACUCCUCAUCAUCUUAGCCCUAAUCGUACGGCCUCGUCCCGUCAAAAUCCCGAUCAAGUCUCGCCACGUCUUCAUCACCGGCGGAUCCAGCGGCAUCGGCCUCGCCCUUGCCGUCCGCUGUGCUGCCGAGGGAGCUCGAGUCUCCAUCCUCGCUCGUUCUCGCGACAAGCUGGAGGAAGCCAAGCGAUCGAUCCAACUUGCCACUGGCGUCGAAGUCGCCACAUUCGCCGCCGAUGUGCGCGAUUACGACGCCGUCUCGAAGGCGGUGAACGAAUCGGGACCGAUAGACGUGUUGGUGGUCAAUCAAGGCGUGUUUGUGGCUGAGGAGCUGGAGAAGCAAAGCCUUGACGAGGUCAAGUUCAUGAUUGACGUGAAUCUGUUGGGGAGCUUCAACGUGAUAAAGGCCGCUUUGCCCUCCAUGAAAGCUAGAAAAGGUCAUGGCCCUGCCUCCAUUGCUAUCAUGUCUUCUCAAGCCGGUCAGGUGGGUAUCUAUGGUUACACCGCAUAUUCAGCGAGCAAGUUUGGGCUUCAGGGUUUAGCUCAAGCUUUGCAGCAAGAGGUUAUUGCUGACAACAUUCAUGUGUCUCUUAUUUUUCCUCCCGACACAGAAACACCUGGGUUUGAAGAAGAACAGAAGACGAGGCCGCAACUCACUAACAUAAUAGCUGCGUCCUCUGGUGCAAUGAAACCCGAAGAAGUUGCCAAGAUAACACUAGAAGGCAUCAAAGCUGGGAAAUUUUCGGUCUCGUGCAAUUUUGAAGGGUUCUUAUUAUCAACCGCAACCGCAGGCUUGUCCCCUCAGAGGUCAUUCCUAAUCGCUUACGUCGAAGUGAUGACGGCAGGAUUGAUAAGACUUGCUGCUCUGUUUUUCCAGUGGGAUUGGUAUAGAGCAAUAGACAAGUGGAACAGCACCAAAACCAGUGGGGCAUAACCCGACAAAGUUUCUGGAAAUUUGCGCAGCGGAAGUUGAGGAACCUCUGAUCGGGAACGAAAGUUCUUGAAAAAGGUAGAAGCUUUGGGCAAUUCUUUCGUGUUUUCAUGGCGGUUGAGCGGGUGAACCUUUAUUACAAAUGUCUGUGAGAACUCAUGCAAUGUCUGCGGAAAACAUUCUUGUACUUGGGGUUCAAGUAGUGAAUCAUUUGGAGUUGUCUGUUCAGAAGAACUCGUAUGUUCCUCCGUUUAUUCUUUCCACGAAGAAGAGUAAUAAUACUUUGUGAAAACUCUUUAUAACAAGAAUUAUUGAUGAA